GCUGACGGAGAAAAAGAGACCAACAAAUCAGACCACACCCCUAUAAGAGAGUGCAGGGUGCUUAUUUCCACAGACUGCAGGUGUAGGCUACCUUGAACAGGUGUGAGCGACGAUGCACGCACUUUACGUUUACGCACUGAUAAUUUCAGUGGCCCUGCUGUCGGUCUCCCCGGGUUUGGCGCGGACGCGACGGACGAAGCGAGGCUUGCUAGAACUCGCUGGCAUUAUCAAGUGCAGUACGGGGAGAGCGGCGAUGAGUUACGUGAUGUACGGAUGCUACUGCGGACUUGGGGGUCAGGGAUGGCCCCGAGACAAAGCGGACUGGUGUUGCCACAAGCAUGACUGCUGCUAUGGCAAGGCGGAGGAUAUAGGAUGUCAGAGCAAGACAGAAAAGUACUCUUGGACCUGCCUGGACCACCACCCCGACUGUGAGUCGAUGGAGGAUAAGUGCGCGCAAAUGUUGUGUCGCUGUGACCGUGAAGCAGCCCAGUGCCUGCAGAGGGCGCCAUACAUUCCCAAGUACGCGAUGUGGCCCGACUUCAUGUGCGGGGAUGACCAGCCUACGUGUGCUUAUUAUUGACACGCAUGAAUAUUUGCAAUGCUGAAGAUAUGAUUUUGGGAGAAUGGACUUUCUUAUAUCUUUACGCUUUUUUUUACAUGUAAUUUCUGUUUUAGGAGUUAUAUAGCAAAGUCAUGGAAAUAUAACCAUAUGCAUUUAACGAAGUAAGCACUUUGUAUGGUUUCCAGAUGCAUGUCAUAAAAUUAGAAGAAAUGUGACACAAUGAGAAAGUUAUAUUAAAAAGAAACAUUUUAUUCGUA